ACGCACGUAUUUACAAAGCCAUAUAUGCAGAGCUUGCUCAAAAUUCAACUCUCAAUCAGUGACUUGUAGCCGCAUCCAAACCCAAUUUUCACUGCUGAAUCUGGAAUAACAGGAUUUCAGAAAAAAAUUGAGGGCUCAUCAUGGAAACAAGUCUUGCUUUAUGGAUAUUGAAGUUAUUUUGGGCACUUGUGUGGUUUCAGAAAACCUGCACUGAGCUUAUAUGGAAGGCUUAUAUACUUUCAAAAAAACAAGGACAUAGUGAUGUUUCGGCUGGCAUUGAUGAUAUGGACUCUUCAAGUCCUCGCUCUAGUCCAGGAGAUAUAUCAAUCCAUGAGACUGAUGGAAAAGUUGUCAGACAAUUAACAAAAAUUAUUGCUCUAAACCACAUUGCUCGAGAAAAUGGAGAUGUACCUUCAGGAAACGAAGAAACUUCUGAUCAUGAAAGGCUGAAAAAAAGAUUACUGCAAAAUGGUUUUGUUGAGCACCAAAUUAAAGGGGAUGGCAACUGCCAGGGGAGUGGGUGUACUGGUUAGCUUAGUAAUUAGGCAGAAAAUAUAAAAUGAUAUGCUCCUUGUAAACAUUUGGUGGUUGAACAAUGUAGUAGAUCUGAGUAUGCGUUUCUCAAGACUAUGCUUCAUUGGUUCUAUAUAUUCGGAUAAAUUGAGAAUUAAUGCUAAAAUUCUUUCAAGUAGAAAGCCUUUCUUCACCUUUUUGUUCAGUUUCGUGCUUUAUCAGAUCAAAUUUAUGGUACUCCUGAAUGGCACAAUUGUGUGAGGCAGCAUGUUGUUAACCAGCUUAAAAGUCACCCAAAGAGGUACAAGGGAUACGUUCCCAUGGCAUAUGAUGACUAUCUGAAGAGGAUGUCAGAGAGUGGGGUCUGGGGGGAUCAUGUCACGUUGCAGGCCGCUGCAGACUUGUAUGGUGUGAGAGUUCUUGUCAUAACAUCAUUCAAGGACACAUGUUUCCUUGAGAUUCUUCCCAAGAAACAAAUAUCGGAAAAAGUCGUUUAUUUAAGUUUUUGGGCUGAGGUGCAUUACAACUCCAUACAUCCUAAAGCAGGUUCUCCUCCCGAGUGCUGUGAAGAAGAGGAAGAAGUGGAAGUCCCCAUAGUUUGAUGCUGCAAAAGGCAUAUAUGUGUUGUACAUACAGAAUGAUCUGUGUGUGUAGGUAGGUAGGUAGGUUGUCGUAUA